UCGGGAAUCGUCCGCCUCCAGCCCCGCUCGGCGCCGCCCCAGUCACCUCGCUCUGCGGCCACCCGGCACCAGGAGCAGUCCCAGGCGGCGGCGCGACGGUCCCCGCCAUGUCUGCAGCCAUGAGGCAGAGGUUCGACCAGUUCCUUCACCAGAAGAACUGCAUGACUGACAUCUUGGCCAAGCUCGAGGCCAAGACCGGCGUGAACCGGAGCUACAUGGCCCUCGGUGUCAUCGGGCUGGUGGCUUUGUACCUGGUGUUCGGUUAUGGAGCCUCUCUCCUCUGCAACCUGAUAGGAUUUGGUUACCCAGCCUACGUCUCAAUUAAAGCGAUAGAGAGUCCAAACAAAGAAGAUGAUACCCAGUGGCUGACCUACUGGGUAGUGUAUGGUGUGUUCAGCAUUGCCGAAUUCUUCUCUGACCUCUUCCUGUCAUGGUUCCCCUUCUACUACAUGCUGAAGUGUGGCUUCCUGUUGUGGUGCAUGGCUCCCAGCCCGGCCAACGGAGCGGACCUGCUCUACGCGCGCAUCAUCCGUCCUUUCUUCCUGAAGCACGAGUCGCAGGUAGACAACAUGGUGAAUGACUUGAAGGACAAAGCCAAAGAGACUGCAGAUGCCAUCUCUAAAGAAGCCAAGAAAGCUGCUGUGAAUUUACUGGGUGAGGAAAAGAAGAGCACCUAAUUCACUGACUGGAUGAAACCUUUCUGCCCUCUCUGCACCUUCCUUUUAGAGCUUGAUGUUAUAUUAGGAACUGUGGUAUAAUCAUUUUAAUAAUGUUGCCUUGGAAACAUUUUUGAUAUAUUAAAAAAGAGGAAUGUGUAAGUUUUUUUGCUUACUUUUACUGUCUAUAUACACAGGGAACAUUUAAAUUUAAUGCAAUGGGCAGUGUCCAAGUUUUUGGAAAGUACAGUUUGCCUCUGGGUAGGAAAAGACACAUGUCACCAUCCUGCAGGAAAUAUAAACUUAAAAUUAUAUAUCCUACAGGCUUUGUACUUCAGUGGGCUGUCUCUGCAUGCAUUUUCUCUGUACUUUUAGGAUACUCUAUAACGGUCUACUUCAUGUAAUGUACAAUUUUGUAUUAAAUGUUUUUAAUGUAUUUGUGCAUACACACGCAUAGGGAAAUGUUACUGUCUGUGCAUAAUGCUCAUGGGGAGCUCCUGCCAAAGGCUGAAGGUUCCACUGUGCUGGUGUGAUCUGAAUAAUACUUUAGAAAAUUAAUACACAUGAGUAAUGUUUCGAGUGAACAGUUAAGUGAUAAAUGAGGCUGAACUGGAGGCUGGCCUGGUGGUUUUCCUAACAUUGUAGCAGCUGAAUACAAAAACGGCUUUGUAAAGCAGUCAGUUGAGUGAUAAAUGGGGAAGUGUACACACACACACAUCACAGCUCCCAGUUCUGUAGAACUACUAAUAUUGUCUUGUAGCUUUUUAAAAAUUGGCUGAUAAGCUUUCAAUCUGUCUGUUUUUAAGAUGCUAUAGUGGAAACCAUCCCUGGUUUCACCUUCAUAGCUGAAUAAUAUGUUGGUUUAGUCUUGCUUCUUUUCCAGUCUUUUUAAAAGCAGUUAAGGAACCUCCAGAGGCUUGCCCACUUCUGAUUACAUGUACAUUCUUGUUUUUAUCAUUAGCAACUACAUGCUAAUGAUGACACCAGGCUCUAAGAGCAAUUCUCGGAGAAGAAAGGAAGUAUGAUAUAACCCAUAAUCCAGUUGGCAGUGGUUAAGACAAAUGGCCUUCACCUUCUUUCCCUGGCCUUUAAGGUCAAACACCAGAUGCUUCCCUAGUUUACAAAUCAGAAUCAUUUGUAGUCCAUUUACACGCCUUCAUCUUUAUGCUUUACUUUGAUAAACUGCACACAACCUCAUAGUUUAAGUACAGAACACAAAGUUAAAAUUAAUGUCACUAGCUUGAUUAGCCACAUAGCUUAUAGGGACCUUGACAACUUGUCUGUACUACGGAAUCUGAGCUUUGCACCAACCAUACUGCUAGGAUGCUUCUGAAUUAGACUAAACUGACCAAAACAAGAGCAUAACAAAACUAAAAUUAAAUAUCCAUGCCUGUAAAAUAUUUCUUAAAGCAAAUAAAGAUGAUUAGUUCCCUUUUAGAUAACAAUUAGGUAAAAUCAUAAUGAUGUCUCAUGAAAUCAUUUCUCAUGAAAUAUCAAAGAUAUCAAAAAUAGGGGAUAAUAUCACCCUAAUAUUAUAAUAAUAUGGAUAAUAUCACACCCAAUAUUAUAAUAUUUUUGGGGGGGGAAUGUGAUGAUAAGGCAUCUUAUUAACCAUACCUUAAAAAAUAAAAAACUUUUGGAAAGCAAACAGAAUUACUUGUUAUUGGAAGAAAAUCAAGCCUUAGGUUAAAGAUUUUAAAAAGUACCUCUAGGAGUAUUUAAAUCCCUUUCCCCAUAAACAAACUAUGCUUUUCUUGGUGACAGAAGAAUGAAAAUUAGCAACUUCUAGCUAAUCAGAAUAUAUAAUCAGAUUGUUAGUACACAAAAUAUGUAACUUUUAGUAUACAAAGUAUCAGGCAAGGUGGAGCAUACAAGUUACUAUUGCUCAUAACUACUUACAGGCUAGUAUCAGUUUUAAAACUACUAUACUAAGAAAAUUCUGAAUGCAAUUUUUUUUAUCCCUAUAGCUUUAUCCUGCAGUGUAUUCUGUAAGAAAUUUUAGUUACUGUUUUUGGCAGUCAACGUGUACAUAUUAAUGACAGGAGAACUUAUGAGUGAGCAAUUCUGUCUGUUUCGUUUUCACAAAUAAGAUAUUGCCAUGGCUAGAGUAUUUGAAAAACUAAUCGAGCCUGCGUCUAGCUAUAAGACAAGCAUUUGUUUAUACAUGAACACUAUUUCGGGGAUAUGUAAAGGCAAAGAAUUCCUACGACAAUUCUUCUCCUACUUAAAAGCUUCUGAUUGACAAUUACUGCUACUCUGGGGAGUCUUCUACCUACAGCCUGAAGAGCAUAAGCAUAGUCUUUAAAUAAGUUACCAACUAUCCUGAAGAUGUGAUACAGUAAAUGAAAAUGGAUGUAAAUAAAAUUCCGUUAUCUCA